CGUGCGCCUGCCGAGCGGUGCGAGGCUUGCAGCGGUGCGUUUGAGCUAGGGAGAGGGUCGCCGCCGUCUCCGUCGUCGUCGUCGUCUCGGGCUGGCACCGCCUCUGGGCUGAGUCCACUCCAACCACUCGCUCUCGCUGUGCUGUGCAGCCGAGUAGCUCAACUCGCUCAACAGCCCGCAUCCCUCUACACACCUCACCCGCCGCCCGUCCAGCUCUCGCCCGCCCACCAUGGGCCUCUUUCGCCGCCGUGCGCAGACCGACGAGGAGGUGCUCAAGCAGCAGGAGAAGAAGGAGAAGGUCCCCUUCCUCAAGCGACCCGCCAACACGGCCUUCAAGCAGCAGCGCCUCAAGGCCUGGCAGCCGAUCCUCACGCCCGCAACCGUCCUCCCCACCUUCUUCCUCGUCGGCAUAAUCUUUGUCCCUCUCGGCGGCGUCCUGUUGUGGGGCAGCAACCAGGUCAAGGAGUUCAGCAUCGACUACACGCAGUGCCAGAACUCGGCGCCGAGCGACUCGUUCGCCCAGCUCCCGUCCGACAAGUACUCGUACUCGAUCGGCUCGUCGUCGGUCCAGCCGCCGUCGUGGCAGUUCACGUCCGACGACAGCCAGGCCAACGCCGCCGAGCGCAACCUGUGUCGUGUCACCUUUGACCUGCCCGUCGAGCUCAAGAAGCCCGUCUUCAUGUACUACAAGCUCACCAACUACUACCAGAACCACCGUCGCUAUGUCAAGUCGGUCGACACGGACCAGCUCCGCGGCAGCGCAAGCUCGUACAACUCGAUCUCGGGCGGCGACUGCAAGCCGGUCGACGUGCGCGACGGCAAGCCCAUCUACCCGUGCGGCCUCAUCGCCAACUCGUUCUUCAACGACACGUUCACGCAGCCGAUCCUCCUCAACGCCGCCGGCUCGUCGAGCAACGUGACGUACAACAUGACCGACAAGGGCAUCGCGUGGCCGGGCGAGCACGACAAGUACAAGGUGUCCAAGUACGCCCCGACCGACGUCGUCCCGCCGCCGUACUGGGCCGAGCGGUACCCGAACGGCUACACCGACGAGACGGGCCUGCCCGACCUGAGCACCGACGAGCACUUCCAGGUAUGGAUGCGCACGGCCGGCCUGCCGACGUUCCGCAAGCUGUACUACCGCAACGACAACGAGGACAUGCCCGCCGGCACGUACGAGGUCGACGUCUUCAUGAACUAUCCCGUCGCGCCGUUCGGCGGCACCAAGUCGGUCGUGUUCUCGACCGUGUCGUUCAUCGGCGGCAAGAACCCGUUCCUCGGCAUCGCCUACAUCGCCGUCGGCGGCGUCUGCGUCCUCCUUGGCCUUCUCCUCACGCUCAGGCACCUCAUCAAGCCCAGGAAGCUCGGCGACCCACAGUACUUGUCCUGGAACCGUGCCCCGACGCACUGAGCGGCUCGUCCCUGUCCUUUACCCUCAGUAGAUCCUCCCCUCCCCAUCCGAACGGACCCUCCCCUCCCAUCUCGACCUCGCCAGGCCCUUGUCUCUGUGCAACGCGUUGUACGACUCACUCGAACACGUCGAUCGUUCC